AUGUUAGUUUCUUCCGCAACGGCUACGAAUUCCAUUAACAGAAGAAUAAUUGGAAAGAAAUGCGGAAAAUGUACAAAAUGCGGGAGAAAAAGAAAAUGUAUGGUAGAAAAUCCCGACAUUUGCCAAUUUUGCUAUAACGAUCGAUUUCUAAAAGUCAACAGUGGUAUCAAAGAUGUCGACGAUUUUAUUAGAGGGACAUUAGUAAAUGUCAUGAAAUUACAAUGGAUUCCUUAUAAUGAUUUUAAAAUAAAAAAAAAAAUAGGUCAAGGCGGUUUCAGUAAAAUAUUCAAAGCAAUUUGGAAUAAGAUGAGAAUAAUUUAUAAUGAAGAAAAGGGAGAUGUAGAAAAAGUAACCCCAAAAAUUGUUGCAUUGAAAAUUCUUGAUGAUUCGAGUGAGGCUGAUUUGAAAUUUUUAAGAGAGCGCCAAACAAUCAAUAAUAAUAUAUUUAACUAUUAUGGAAGAAAUACACCAAUGUUUGAAAAGGCAGAGAAAAAACGCAAGCAAAUGAUCGAUUUAGGAAUUCCUUUUGUAAAAGACUCCGGGAAAGAACAUCCUAAUGUCAAUUAUACUAGUAGUUUAUUAACUCCAUUGAUAACCACGAUUAGGUCUCGCAUAAGUUCAUUCGAUUCAAGCAGUGGUGAUAUCACUUUUGAUGUUGAAGGCGUGAGAGUCAAAUCCGAGAUUAUUUCCAAAAAACACGAUAGAGAUGAGUGGCAACAGUCAUUGCAAAUAAAAGAGGAGAAUAGUAGUAAAAAAAUUUGUACAAGGGAAUAG